AUACACAUCUCAAACUUUAAGUAUUUUGUGGGAAUCAAUUGAAGUCGGAGAUAAAUUGAUGUCAUAAAGAUCACUAAAUAACAAUAACAUAAAUCAUGAAUAUAAUCCGUUCUGUCCGUUUUAACGCAUCCAAAACUAUUCCAAAGAACUGUUGGUCAGUUGUACGGUCUUUAUCUUCCACUGCGAAUACCAUACUUGAAGUAAAUGAUAAAACUGGUAUUGCUACUCUUACUCUGAACCGAUCACCGGUGAACAGCUUAAAUCUUGAGUUGCUAACUGAUAUACGCAACUCUAUUAAAGAUGCUGAAAGUAACAAAUGCAAGGGACUCAUACUCACUUCGUCCUCAAAUAAAGUGUUUUCUGCCGGUCUGGACUUCAUGGAGAUGUAUCAACCGAACGAAGAAAGACUAAAGAGUUUUUGGACAGCAUUGCAAAGCACUUGGAUGACACUAUAUGGCUCUAAACUACCUACAGCUGCUGCCAUUAAUGGUCAUGCACCGGCAGGCGGAUGUUUACUGGCCACAUCUUGCGAAUAUCGUGUCAUGUUACCUAAUUUUACGAUCGGUUUGAAUGAAACCCUUGUUGGGAUUGUAGCGCCCAGUUGGUUCAUGGAUUCAUACCUUAAUGUACUGCCACGACGCGUAGCCGAAUUAGCGCUUACCCAAGGUAAAAUGUUCACUACAGCUGAGGCUCAACAGGUGGGACUUAUUGAUGAUGUUGUGAAUACAAAAGAGGAAGCCAUUGCUAAGUGUGAAGAAUUUAUUGGUUCAUUCAAUAAAGUUAAUCCAUAUGCACGUGCCUUAACUAAGCAACAAUUUCGCGUUAAGGAACUGCAAGAGCUCGAGCAACACCGUGAGCAAGAUUUGCAAACAUUUUUAGCUGUUGUAACUAAACCUAGCACGCAAGCGGCGAUGGGUGCAUAUUUAGAGAAAUUAAAAAAUAAAUCGAAGAAAUAAAGCGCGUGGAAAAGUUCUACGCGGCCUUAAUACAUAUACCCGUUUUUAUAAUAUAUAAGUGAAUAGUGAUUUGAUAAAAAUAUAUAUUUAUAUACAUACAUAUAAGUGAAAUUUUCGGUGAAAUUAUAAUACAUAAUGUUUUGUUAAAAAAAUAAAUUUUAAAUUAUAUUCUUUA